GGGGCGGUGACGCAGGCGGCCCGGGCUCCGUGUCAGUGAGGAGAAGCGCAGAGAGGAGGAGAGCGGAGAGAGAGAGAGAGAAGAGGAGAGCAACAUGAACCGGGCUCACCGGGCCACUGGAACCAGCGCCAGGUCCCUCAGCACGGUGGAGGUGAAGAGCAAGUUUGGGGCGGAGUUUCGGCGAUUUGCUCUGGAACGAUCUAAGCCCGGGAAGUUCGAUGAAUUCUAUGGAUUACUCCAGCAUGUGCAUAAAAUCCCCAACGUGGAUGUACUUGUUGGUUACGCCGAUAUUCACGGGGACUUGCUGCCCAUCAACAAUGACGACAACUACCAUAAAGCGAUAACGACCGCCAACCCGCUACUGAGGAUAUUCCUACAGAGAAAAGAAGAGGCAGACUACAGCGCCUUUGGCACAGAUACUUUAACCAAAAAGAAGACUGUCCUUCAAACGGUGCUGCGGCCGGACGUCGUCAAAAAGAAGCCCCACCUGGUCAUUGGCAUGCCGAGUGACUUCAGGCCGGUUUCAUCAAUCAUUGACGUCGACAUCCUUCCCGAAACCCACCGUAGGGUGCGCCUCUACAAACAUGGUAUGGAAAAGCCCCUUGGGUUCUACAUCCGUGACGGCUCCAGCGUUAGGGUGACGCCACACGGCCUGGAGAAAGUGCCAGGAAUUUUCAUCUCUAGACUGGUUCCUGGAGGCCUGGCCCAGAGUACCGGACUGCUAGCCGUUAACGAUGAGGUCUUGGAGGUCAAUGGCAUUGAAGUGUCGGGGAAGAGCCUGGACCAAGUGACCGACAUGAUGAUCGCAAAUAGUCACAACCUCAUCAUAACGGUCAGGCCGGCCAACCAGAGAAAUAACGUAGUACGGAACAGCCGGAACUCCGGCAGCUCCGGACAGUCGACUGACAGCAGCACCAGCAUGUAUGGAAAUGUACAACCGCAGCACAUCAUCCAGAACUACCACCCCGAGGAAGAGGAGAGCGAUGAGGAGGACAUUAUUAUCGAGGAGUCCGGUGAGCCGCAGCAGAUCCCUAAGGCCGCCCCAUCCUCGGAGAGCCUGGAUUCCCUCACACAUCACGAUUCCUACCACGAAUUGCCACAAAACGGAUUUAUGUCGUCUCACUACAACGUGCACUUAUCUGCCAGCAGAGGCAGCCUGGACCUUAUUUCCAAUAAUCAUGAGACAACACGGAUCUUAGAAGAAGACGGAACCGUAAUCACACUGUGAACGGCGGUCAUCGAACCGCCACUUGCACACUUUUUUUCUUUUUUUAUUUUCUACGAUCUGUGUGACAUUCUACAUGAAAAUCAUUUUUUUUUUUUAAAAAAGAAAAUAUAUUGUAUAGUUUAUUCCCUCCACUGUAAUCUUAUUCCAAGCUUACUAUUCUAUUUUUAUGAUAUGAAGGAAGAUAAAAAAAAAAUUUUAAGUGUUUUUUACAUUCCAUAGCCGAACAAAAAAAUCUCUUUUGUACAGGGUUCUCGGUCUGACGAUUUAUCGACACUUUAAAAAGUGCAAAGACGAAGCGUCCAUGGUCUUCAGAGAAUGUAGCCCUUUGUAUUUUAGCCGUUUUUUAAGCAAAUAACCACUUUAUUGCUAUGUGGACUGCAAGUCGCUGAAGGCCACUUCUAAUAGCACAGUUACUGUAAUAAGCCAAUAAUUGUAAAUUAUAAUUAUGACUGAUUUAUGUUUUAACCAGCAUAAAGAUAAAACAGAUUGUCUAUUUUGGCAUUCCUGAAACGCAGCCUAAAAGAUUGCAUCAUUUUUUUAUUUUAAUGGAGAGUACCACUAAUCAUUGCUGUAUGCAAAAAGGGAAACCUAACUUGGCCCCAUGAUUAAAGAAAAUAUAUAAAAGAUAUAUAACCCA